GACCCUGCCUUUGUCUGGACUUAGCUUGUGGGAAACCUCAGGUAAAUCACAGAAUGCCAGGCCGAGGGAGGGACCUCUGGGGUGUUACCAACACACUUCCACAGGGGAUUGUACAGCGGAGGCCAGUUUUCAGUGGUGUGAACCUCCAGUGUGUUCUAAAAAUUAUUUGGUUCAUCUGGCAGCAUUUGCAAGGAGUAUACGUUUCUUCUGUUUCCAGAUUCUUGCUGUGCCCUUUUCUGAUGUGCACCUCAGAACUAAGGCACAGAAAGCAGCGACCCCAGCCCCCAACUCCGGUGCAGCCCGGCACCGACACCAGCCGCUGCGUCCCGGCAGGUUCUUACGCGACUCCCGCUUCCCGCGGGGUUCCUCAGACAGGCCCAGGUCGCGCAAGCUCUCUGGGACUCAGUUUACCCAAAGUGGCGCGGUCAGGCCGGCAGCCGGCCGGGCCUUCCUCAGGCCUUCUUCAGCUCCCCCGAGCUGCAUUACUCGGCCCCUCUCAGGCCUGCCCUCUCCCGGGGUUCCCGCCGUCGAGACUGUCGCAAAGGAGGGCUUUCCAAACACCAAAACUCCGCCCUCGCCGGAGCGGGUUCCGAAUCGCCUUCCAGCGACAGGCCCACACCCCUUUCAAAGUUAGCGAAAGUCGCUCUUUCUUGGAAACCCAAGCUCGCCCUCUCGCUGGUGUUGAGGGCUUCAGCAGCCCCAGCGCUGGCAGCGCGGCUCCCACGGGCCUGGCAGGGGUGGCGGGGCAGGAGGUAGGAGCGCCGGCCGCCCUGACACCUGUCGUGGGCGCGCUCCGUCGCUGCAGCCCCCAGCAGCUGGCGGCUGCGGUGGCUGCCGCGACAGGAGCCCGCCAGGAGCGGAAGGAAUUAAGCACCCGCCCAUCCCAUCUGACUCGGCCGCUCCCCUCUCCUCCUCCCCCACCUCCUCCCCCUCCUCUCCUCCUCCUCGCCCUCCUCCUCCUCCACCUCCCUCUCCUUCCUCUACGCCGCGGCCGCCACCUCCUCCCGGUCCCUGUCAGCCUCUCGGCGGGACGCUGGUGCCUGCGGGCGUUGCGGCGCGCUGGGGGCGCGGGGAACGGGGCUCGCGUCCGGGGGCUGGCCCGGGAUGGCGGUGAAAUAGGGGGACCUCGGAGAGGCGCCGAGACCCCAGGCUGUGCUCAGGGCCUGUCACUCCUUCUCAGUGGCGACAUGGGGGACCCGGUACACCGCCAGAAACCGCAGCUGCACUACGCGGGUGAUUUCACCUGGAACAGCAUGUCGGGCCGCAGCGUGCGGCUGAGAUCUGUCCCCAUCCAGAGUCUCUCAGAGCUGGAGCGAGCCCGGCUGCAGGAAGUGGCUUUUUAUCAGUUGCAGCAGGACUGUGACCUGAGCUGUCCCAUCACCAUUCCCAAAGAUGGACAGAAGAGAAAGAAAUCUUUGCGAAAGAAACUGGAUUCACUAGGAAAGGAGAAAAACAAAGACAGAGAAUUCAUCCCGCAGGCAUUUGGAAUGCCCUUAUCCCAAGUCAUUGCAAACGACCGGGCCUAUAAACUCAAGCAGGACUCGCAGAGGGAUGAGCAGAAGGAUGCGUCUGAUUUUGUGGCUUCCCUCCUCCCGUUUGGAAAUAAAAGACAGAACAAAGAACUCUCAAGCAGUAACUCAUCUCUCAGCUCCACCUCGGAAACACCAAAUGAGUCAACGUCCCCAAACACCCCAGAACCGGCUCCUCGGGCCAGGAGGAGGGGCGCGAUGUCAGUGGACUCUAUCACAGAUCUCGAUGACAAUCAGUCGCGACUGCUAGAAGCUUUGCAACUGUCCUUGCCUGCGGAGGCUCAGAGUAAAAAAGAAAAAGCCAGAGAUAAGAAACUCAGUCUGAAUCCCAUUUACAGACAGGUCCCCAGGCUGGUGGACAGCUGCUGUCAGCAUCUUGAAAAACAUGGCCUCCAGACGGUGGGGAUAUUCCGAGUUGGAAGCUCAAAAAAGAGAGUGAGACAGUUACGUGAGGAAUUCGACCGUGGGGUUGAUGUCUCUCUGGAGGAAGAGCACAGCGUUCACGAUGUGGCUGCCUUGCUGAAGGAGUUCCUGAGGGACAUGCCGGACCCCCUUCUCACCAGGGAGCUAUACACAGCCUUCAUCAAUACUCUCUUGUUGGAGCCCGAGGAGCAGCUGGGCACCUUGCAGCUCCUCGUCUAUCUUCUACCUCCCUGCAACUGUGACACCCUGCACCGCCUCCUCCAGUUCCUCUCCAUGGUGGCCAGGCAUGCCAAUGACAACGUCAGCAAAGAUGGACAAGAGGUCACUGGGAACAAAAUGACCUCUCUGAACUUGGCCACCAUAUUUGGACCCAACCUGCUGCACAAGCAGAAAUCAUCGGACAAAGAAUUCUCUGUCCAGAGCUCAGCCCGGGCUGAGGAGAGCACAGCCAUCAUCGCUGUGGUGCAGAAAAUGAUUGAAAAUUACGAAGCCCUGUUCAUGGUUUCUCCAGAUCUCCAGAACGAAGUCCUGAUCAGCCUGUUGGAGACCGACCCCGACGUGGUGGACUAUUUACUCAGAAGAAAGGCCUCCCAGUCCUCAAGCCCUGACAUGUUACGAUCGGAAGUUUCCUUUUCUGUGGGAGGAAGGCACUCGUCCACCGACUCCAACAAGGCCUCCAGCGGAGACCUCUCCCCUUAUGACAACAACUCCCCAGUGCUGUCUGCACGCUCCUUGCUGGCUAUGCAAGAGGAUGCGGCCCCGGGGGGCUCGGAGAAGCUUUACAAAGGGCCGGAGCAGUAUGUGCUGGUGAGCCACUUGCCAUCGUCGAAAUCAAGGGAGAGUUCUCCUGGACCAAGGCUUGGCAAAGAUAUGUCAAAGGAGCCUUUCAAUAUCUGGGGAACUUGGCAUUCAACAUUAAAAAGUGGUUCCAAAGACCCAGGAAUGACAGGUUCCUAUGGAGACAUUUUUGAAAGCAGCUCCCUACGACCGGGGCCCUGCUCCCUUUCACAAGGGAACCUGUCCCCGAAUUGGCCCCGGUGGCAGGGGAGCCCCACAGAACUGGAAAGUGGCCCACAGGUCAUUCGGAGGACUCAGACCACGGCCACCAUCGUGGAGUGCAGGGCCUGCCCUCCCGUGUCCCGUGUCUGCAGCACGCCCCACAUCCAGGGCGGCGGCAGAAGGUCUGAGCAGACCACAGCGAAGUCAGAGCAGUAUUUGACUCUGAACAGCGCCGAAGACCUCGCGGAGAGCGAGCUCGAUGUGGCCUGGCGGCAGGGCAGGCGAGCCAAGCCUUUGCACCAGAGAACUCGGGAGAGUGAGAAGCAUGACAAGAGGCCUCCUCCUCCUUACCCUGGUCCAGGGAAGCAAGCUGGGGCGUCAUCCCACCAGCCAGCAGAGCCGCUGCUGUGGAGGCCUCAGAGGCCAGAAGAAGGUUCCAGAACAGCUUUGGAAGAGGGAGGCCAAACAACCGAGCGAGAGCGAGAGGGAGAGCAGCAGGCCGCUGAGCAAACACUGAGCAGCGCCUACUCCACCUCCGCCAGUGAUCGGAACAGUGAGACUUUGGGGGAUGCCACGUGGCUCGAGUGGCAGAGGGAGCGGUGGCAGAUCUGGGAGCUCUUAUCACCCGACAACCCCGACGCCCUCCCGGAGACGCUCGUGUGAGCCCGCCCAAGCUCACGCCCCCAUGGCCCAAACAGCCUCCUUUCACUCCGCAGGGAAAAGUUGGUGUUGGACGGUUGGACGCGGACUGAUUUUUCUUCUUUAACACUUAAAAAAAAAUAACACAAGAGAAACCCGGUUCACUUAAAGGUAUAGAGCACUAGUACCCUUGUCAUUUAUAAUAAACUUCUGUUGCAUAGCCAGCCUUAGGAGAAAAGGAAAACAAAAAUAGAUGGUGAUACCCAACCUAAAAACUACUCCCAUUGGCUUUGUAGAAGAUAAAAUCCCUUGCUUUGGUAUAGCUUAAUUGUAUUUAUGUAACUUAGUUUUAACUGUUGUAUAUUCUGUAACAGAUUAUGUAUGAUAAUCAUAUAUGUUAUAGUCACAGAAACAGAACAAUUUUAAAAAAUCACUUCACUUAUACUGAGUAAGGAGAUUCUAUAGAAUGUUCUAGAAUAUGCACAAGCAGGUUUCUGUGCUUUUGCCAUAGCUUUUUAGCUGGGGACAGCCCUUCCUUCAACACCGAGGAGAAACACUAACAAAACAGAUUAUGCCAAGCCAUAUUUUUAUAUAGUAGUGAGAUACAAAAGAAAACGUAGUCACUGAAUGCUUUUUCGUACUGAAUGUGUUUUAAGGAAGAUAUUAAAUUUGAUACAUUAUGGAAUAUAUUUUUAGAAUCUGUUUAGAAAUGAUUCAGUUACUCAAACAAGAGAAAGGCCGUGCCUAACAAAGACAGAAUAACUAAGAAGUUGUCCUUCCCAUUUCAGAUCAAAUUCAAUUUUAUAUAGACCCUAUAUAAUAUAUAUUUAUAAUGUAUACUUUUUAUGUAUUUUUCAAAAGUACAAACUGGAAUCCAACUAUAAAGCGUUUAAACACCCAAACAGAGUAUUCAAAUCACAGGACAAAGUUUUUCCUUUUGCCCCCUAAUCAGUAUUAACCCAAUUAUACCCAAAGCGUUGUAAAGUGAGUCGUGUUUGGACAAAAUCCUCAGCUUUGUAGUGACAUCGUGCCAAAGGCUGAGGACAUGUUUUCUUCGGUAAUUUUGUGUGUAUCGUAAAUACUCCUACCGUACUUCAGUAGUUUCAAGUGUUACAACCGCAAAACCACUUUUGACCAGCAGGUGGCGAUUCGCUUCAGUAUUUUAUGAGUUUUUUUUUUUUUCACUUCGUAAGGGAAUGUGUCUUAUAGAAAAAGAAUUUUUUAUGAAACAUGCUACUCUUAGUUUUCAUGUCAGCAGUGACAUUUUCCGUGGUGUUUCGUAAAGUUCUAUCUUGUGCCAUGAUGAAUAAAAAGUUAAACAAAGGC